ACUCACCGUCAGUUCACCGUCGACGACGGCCUGACCCGGUUUUACAAUCCGCGUUUAUUAUAUCCGCACACGAUAUACACGUGGACCAACUUCGUCGUAAACCAGAAGAAAAAAUCUUGAUACUUCUUUGGUAACCAACCACCUAAAUCACUCGACCUUAGUUUCAAUGUGAAAUGGUACAUUAAAAGAAAUUUUUAUUGUCCACUUUUAGCAUCUAGACGAGGGGCACUCGAUUAUAUUUAAUUUGAUACCAUGACGAAAAAAUUCAAAUUUAGACUUUGUGUUUUAGUAUGGGCCACAUUAUCUUUUGCACAAGCAGGACCGGUGGAUCGAUAUCUGAGGAUAAUAAGAGAGGUAUACCCGGAAAUCGAGCCGGAGAAAGCGGAUGGAAGUCAAAAACAAGUGUGUGUUGUUGGAGAUGUAGUAUAUACAGCUGAAGAAUCAGUUCCAUCUGAACAACCAUGUCUUAAAUGUAAAUGUCAACCACCGGGAGUACAUUGUGAAACAACUCGAUGUCAAAAGAAACCUGGAUGUAGAGCUAUUCAUAAACCAAACGAGUGUUGCCCAGAAUAUCAGUGUGCGUCUGUUGUAGAAUGUGAAUUUGAAGGUAAGGUGUACGGAAAUGGAGAGAGAUUAGAAACGAAACCGGGUGGAGAAUGCAAAGUUUGUUAUUGUCGAGGAGGUGAAGUACAAUGCACAGAAGUUAGUUGUUACAUAAGAACAGAUUGCGAAGGAAGGCGAGUUCCCGGGCAGUGUUGUCAAAAAUAUGAACAUUGUCCUCCUAUAGAACCAAUCCAAGAAAAAGUAAAGUCAGAAUCGUUCUUUUCAUCGACACAAAUCUCAUCAGAAUUUACGGGUAAUAUAUCCUCAGAAAAUGAGAUUAGCGACACUACGGAUAUUCAACAAAAAUUAAAAUCAACAUCGUUAAUAAACGAGAUAACCCCACCACCUGAUAUGAUCGAAGAAACGGACCAUAAAGAAGAACCAAGAAUAACGAUUCACGAAAUCAUUCCUGGAUUGAUAGAGAUACCAAUAACUGAAACAACUAAAUUAGAAAGCACCACAAAAAUUCAAGGGCAAUUAUUGGUUGAAGAAAAGGUGACAAAUAACGACAACUUAGUAGAUCAUACUUCUCAUGAUUCUAAAACUGAAGAAACUAAUUUAUCACAAAUUUUCGAAAAACACCCACCUUCGGUUAUAACAGUCGGCAAUGAAACGUUUUAUCUUAAAAAAGAUGUUUUCGACGACAUAACUAUUGCGCCAUCAACAAAUAAUAAUCCUGAAGUUUUUAUCGAGGAUACAAAACCCGAAACACACGUAAUUAAAAAAGAAAUAAAAGAAUCUGAAGAAAAUGCAGCUAUAAUUAUUCAAGAACUACCAAAAAUUAUAACUUCAACAACCGAAGUUAAUGUUGGUAAUUCAACUAUUGACGUUGCAGUUGAGUUACCAGCAGCUGAACCCAUAGAUAUUGAAGCUGAAGGUUCCGAAAGUGAACCUGUACGGGUUGAUAGCGCAUUAGUUACUAUAAAAAUUGAAGAGGUAACCGUAAAAAUUGAUAAACCAAAAAUAGACGACGUCUUGGAAAAUCCAGCUUAUCCACCUAUCCCCGAUAUUAUGGUUCCACAAGAUGCUGAAUACAACCCUGAAAUAGUCGAAAUUCAUGAGGAAUUCUACCACUCUUCAACAGAAUCACCAAAAAUAAUUCCAGAAAUUUUAGAAAUCACAAACAAUCACACGUUUUCUGAAAAUACCACAAAUUUAUCUUGGCUAAAAUCUCAAUCAUUGAUUAACGAAAAAGCUAUACUACCCGAUACUAUAUUAAAACAAGUUGCAAUAAGUGAUAUAGAUCAAACUACAAACACAAAUUUGUUAACUACUUUAAACAAAAUUGAUGGAUUAACAGAAGAAUUAAAAGAAACGACAUCACCUUCUUCUUUAGUUAAAUUCCACACCGAUGAUCUUAUAAAACAUGCUAUCAUUGAAAGUGAAUCCGUCAUUGAAAACCACGUUAAAAAAAUUGUCGAUGAUCACGACAUAACUGGAAGUUUACAUGAUACUAUUAAAGAAGAUUUAAAAGAAUCAAUAAAUCAAAAAGCUAUAUCAACAGAAUCAAUUGAACAGCCAUCAGAAAGUGGAGAAAACACGACUCCAAAAGGAAUACAAACCGUUUCAGCAAUGUUAAAUGAGAACGCUAGCGUUGAAACUGCACCAGACUCGAAGGAAGAUCAAAAAUUAAUAAAAACAACAAAAAAUCCUGAUGUCGAGGUGAUCAAUUCUGAGUUAUUAUCGACAAAUACUGAUUUAAACACCAAUUUAACUCACGAAGAAAUCAAACCCAAAAAACGUGAUCAAACUUUACCAACAACAACUAUAAAACCCCUCUCGGAAUCCGAUAAAAUCUUCGAAGAACUUGGUACUGAAUUAAAAGUUCUUGCAGACGAUUAUGUCUCCCCCGAUCAAUCGGAUAAAUCAAAAGAUGACGUGGUUUUUAAAGAAUUAUUAGAUGAAUUGAACACGAAAAAGAAACCGUCAAAAGAAUCAAAAGAUCCUAUUCAAAGAGCAACGGAUAAAUUAGCGAAUUUAAAGCUUCGAGAUGCUAGACAGUCAUUAGAUGUAGGAGUAAUAGGAGCUGUUCGAGACUUAUUCACUGCUCAAUAUAGAUCGUAUGCGAAGAAAUAGACCGCGAAAUUGUAGCCCAAAUAGCUUCUUUCGUUUUCCUCGAAAAGAACUGAUCGCCGAUAGCAAACCUCCCCCUCGUUGUUUCCUCGCCCGCCCCAUACCCCAAAUAGAAGCGUGACUGAGACGCGUGCCUGAUGAGACGAAAGAAUCGGAGAGCGAGUGAAGAAGUUUCGAUAUUUAUUUAUUUUAAUGUUAGAUCUUAAUAUUAAAUAUUACAUUACUACUAUUACAAGUUACGGUAUAGCGCUAUAAGUGGAACGAGAAUUAUUCAAAGUGAAGGAACGCAGCGAAAAGUUUUUAGAGAUAAUUGCGAUGUUGUGAAAUGUUGUACUCCCUUUUUUCUGUAAUGCAAUAAUUACAAAAAGGAUAAUAAAGUAUAAGAGUUCC